GAUAGGGUCUUACUAUGUUACCCGAGCUGUUCUCAAACUCCUGGCCUCAAGCAAUCCUCCUAUCCCAAAGUGCUGAAGUUACAGGCAUGAGCCACCACACCUGGCCACCACUAGUUUUUGUAAUGGGAGCAGGUUCCUUAUGAGAUAGAGGAAUGGAUUUCAUGAUUGUCUUUUUAAUUUCUUAGCUCCCCAAGAAAUUGAUUGGACAUGAGGAAACCACUCUUAAAUGUGACCACUCUAAAGCAUUAUCAGUCAGUCAUUUCACUCUAGGGAGAAAUCAGAGCUGUAUAUGGAGGAUAGGUAAAGUCCCCAAUAUGGAUAUGCAUUUUUAUAUUUGACUACUUGUGUUUUUUUGUUAGAUGCAAAUAAUACGACACUCUGAACAGACCCUAAAAACAGCUCUCAUCUCAAAGAACCCAGUGCUUGUGUCACAGUAUGAGAAAUUAGAUGCUGGGGAACAGCGUUUAAUGAAUGAAGCCUUCCAGCCAGCCAGUGAUCUCUUUGGACCCAUUACCUUGCAUUCUCCAUCAGAUUGGAUCACCUCCCACCCUGAGGCCCCCCAAGACUUUGAACAGUUCUUCAGUGAUCCUUACAGAAAGACACCCUCUCCAGACAAACGCAGCAUUUAUAUACAGUCCAUUGGGGACAUCCUGAAGUUCUUGAAAAAGAAGAAACCUGAAGAUGCCUUCUGUAUUGUGGGCAUAACAAUGAUUGAUCUUUACCCAAGAGACUCGUGGAAUUUUGUCUUUGGACAGGCCUCUCUGACAGAUGGUGUGGGGAUAUUCAGCUUUGCCAGGUAUGGCAGUGAUUUUUAUAGCAUGCGCUAUGAAGGCAAAGUGAAGAAGCUCAAAAAAACAUCUUCAAGUGACUAUUCAAUUUUCAACAACUAUUAUAUUCCAGAAAUAACUAGUGUUUUACUACUUCGAUCCUGUAAGACUUUAACCCAUGAGAUCGGACACAUAUUUGGACUGCGACACUGCCAGUGGCUGGCAUGCCUAAUGCAAGGCUCCAACCACUUGGAAGAAGCUGACCGGCGCCCUCUAAACCUUUGCCCUAUCUGUUUGCGCAAGUUGCAGUGUGCUAUUGGCUUCAGCAUUGUAGAAAGAUACAAAGCACUGGUGAGGUGGAUUGAUGACGAAUCUUCUGGCACACCUGGUGCAACUCCAGAACACAGUCGUGAGGGUAAUGGGAAUUUGCCGAAACCCGUGGAAGCCUUUAAGGAAUGGAAAGAGUGGAUAAUAAAAUGCCUGGCUGUUCUCCAAAAAUAAGGACCUUCAAAUAGGAGUGAUUGAAAUAAAUGACUACUUGCAUGUUAUGCUUUCAUUUGGGUGGGAUACUUCAUUGGAAUAAACUACUGAUCUUGUGCUGUGUCAGAGUAACAGACUAGAACCUUCUUUCAGGUACCUGAAUUGAAACUGAAUAAUAAAAACUCUAGAAACUCUU